CACCCGGGGUGGUGACUUGGACGUUUGUACCCAACCCACGCCCCAACCCCUGCCCCAUACCCCAUAGUCUUAAAACGAUACAAUAUACCUUUUCAGUCCCAUGUGUCCAUGCAGAUCCUUUUCAAUAGUUGAAUAUUGUCUAAUGAUGCUAGGUAAUAAUGAUGUCAAUAGUGAUUGUGUGCAGUAUGCGUGUUAGCUUUGAAUCUUUGAAUGGUAUGAAUGGGUCACAAAGCGGAUCCGUGAUUAGACUACGACAAUGGCCGAUCAACCUCGCCCUAGUGGAAAUGAACAACCUCGUGCUGGUGGAAAUAAUCCUUCACCGGGAGGGUAUCCUACGCCAACAGGGCAACCUCCACAAGGGGGAUAUCCUACGCCAAUAGGGCAACCUCCACAAGGGGGAUAUCCUCCACCCGGAGAACAUCCACCGCAAGGGUAUCCUCCAUCUGGAGAACAUCCUCCGCAAGGCUAUCCUCCGUAUGGGUACGCUCCAAAUGAGUACCCACAAGGGUAUCCAACACAAGGAUAUCCUCCUCCGCAAGGGUAUCCAGCGCAAGGAUAUCCUCCACCACAUGGGUAUCCUUCACAAGAGUAUCCUCCACCGCAAGGGUCACAAGGGUAUCCCCCACAAGGAUACCCUCCUCAACAAGGGUAUCCUCAACAAGGCUAUCCACCGGGUGGAUAUCCCCCAGGACCUCCUGGAGCAUAUCCACCUGCAGGUUAUCCUGGUGGUCCUCCUCCUCCUGGUGCAUAUCCACCGGCUGGAUAUCCCCAAGGUGUUGCUCCCGGUCAACAUGGAGCACAAAAGGGGGACAAAGGAGCUGCUUCUGGCGUAAUGGGAUUGAUCGCGGGGGGAGCGGCGGCAUACAUGGGCCGCGGGCACUAUGGACAUGGUCAUCAUGGUCAUGGUUAUGGCUACAGUCACGGCCAUGGAAAAUUUAAGCAUGGGAAACACAAGCACGGAAAAUACAAGCGUGGAAAAUUUGGCAGGCACAAGGGUAAAGGAAAGUUCAAGAUGUGGAAGUAAGGAAAAUAUUAAACGAGAUGGCUGGAAUUGCACAAACAUUUACACAUUUUAGUGUAGCUAUAUGUAUAAUACGUUACAUUUAUGUUGGUGUGCUUCAUAACUUAACAUUUGUCAACUUAUAAUUAAUGCU